AUGUCAGUAGAGAGGCUGCGACUGGAAUGGAACCACUACACACGCCUUAUCACCGGCUCGGCGACUUCAACGACCAUAUCCGGACUUGCAGCACCUUUCACCGGGGGCAUCAGUUUGGUCGGUGUUAUGAUUGGAUCUACAGGCAUCCACAAUGCUCGAAAGAAACGUGCCAUCAUCGACUGCCAUCUUGCUCGUUAUGAGGAGCAGCACAAAACUCGUGUGCGAGACGUGGUAGGAUCAAUGGCCUUCAGCGGCGCUCUAGGAGUGGCAACGCUCGGUGUCGGAUCGAUGGGCGCUGAUGUAGCGCUGACAGAAGGCAUACUUCAUGGAGUCUUGGAUUCGACAGAUGGGACGGAAGUAAAAGUUGCCACUCAUAUUGUUGCGGAUGGAGUUGGUUUGGCUAUCGAGCACAAACAUCAUGAGAAGUUGAAGGCGGAAGCAGAGAAGAAUGCCUAA